UUUAGGGUGGAUUCUCCACUUUUUUUAAGGCACAUAUCAAAUGCACUAUGCGUUGCAGUACAGGUAGUGACGUCGGUAUUAGAGUGUUUGGCCGUGAUCAGGUGGAUUAGUGCGAAGUCACCUACYGAGAUGCUAAUGUGAAGAAUUUUAUGGGAUGCUGUUGUUGUGGGGUAUAUAUGUGUUUGGUUCCCUCCCUACAAUUUCUUCAAGUUAUAGUCUUACCUCACAGUUCAUUUCUAACUGAAUUUAUUAAGAUUUUCUAUUUUCAUCAUUUUGCGUUAGCCCUUUGUGAUGUAAUUUGGGAGAAAUAGAAGAUUCGGUGCCCAUUGAUUGAUAUUUUGUCUUUUCAUGCUGGUGAAAGAAACCCUAGAAUUAGCUCGUAAGAAUCUUGUUGGGGUUUCUUUCAGAACCCAAGAAUUUCAGUUAAGGCUGCAUAGCGUAGAUAAGUUAGUAGCUUUCGUACAGUUAAAAAUGGUGACGGCCUUCGUCAGUCACACGGCUUUGAGGCAAUUGUCCCAGUUCUUUGCGGCAGUUGUUUUCUUUCACACUACAGAGUAUAUUCUGGCGAUUUUCUUUCACGGAAGAUCAAGUGUAACCCUUUCCUCACUUCUGAUCAGCAAAAAUUAUGUUAUAGCAUUGAGCUUCUCAUUGUUGGAAUACAUGCUUGAGAUUGCUUUCUUCCCUGGACUCAAGGAACUUUGGUGGAUAAGCAACUUGGGCCUUGUGAUGGUGCUAUUAGGAGAGAUAAUACGAAAAACUGCAAUUAUAACAGCUGGACAUGCCUUUACACAUAUGAUCAGGAAAUAUCAUGAAGAACAUCAUAUGCUGGUUACUCAUGGAAUUUACAGAUUUAUCCGUCAUCCAGGAUAUUGUGGCUUUUUCAUCUGGGCAACUGGUAGUCAGAUAAUGCUUUGCAAUCCCUUAUGCAUUGUUGCUUUUGCACUGGUUACGUGGCGCUUCUUCUCAACACGGAUACCAUAUGAGGAGUAUUUCUUAAGGCAGUUUUUUGGAUCUGAGUACGAGGAGUAUGCUAAAAGGGUUCCAUCUGGCGUGCCAUUUAUAAAGUGAAGGGCCUGCAAAUAACAUUGUGAGCAAUUUCCUAACAGGGUUUAAACCUGUUCUAAUGUUGUGUGGGGUUGGAUGGGUACAAGUUGAGAGGUAAUGGCAAUUU